AUGUUCCAGAUUAUCCGUAGACUUAAUGUAAAUGGUAAACAACCUCUGUCUCCCCGUUGUUCGUCUCAGCCUACAUCUUUGAAAUGCACUGACCGAAAGGGUCUGGUAAGACCGCGCCUUACAGACAAGCAAGCAAGAGAGAACGAGAGUAGUCAAUAAUUUCAUAGUCUUAUUCCCAAAUCCGAUAUCAAAUAUAAAGCAUGAAAUGUGCUGAGACGCUCUGAACUGAGGGCCCCCAAAUCUUGCCAAUGUUACUGCCAAGGGCCGGAGGGGAUUGGGAGCUGUGUGCAAAAGACCAUCGCAGCAAUUAUUUAAUUAAUAAUUACUGAUUUGUACGAAAGCCGAGGAGGGUCUUCCGACUUCUGACUUCCGACUUCCAACUUCAGACUUCCGACUUCCGACUUCCGACUUCCGACUUCCGACUUCCGACUUCCUACUUCUGACUUCCGACUUCAGACUUAAGAUUUCAUACUUCAAACCUCAGGCAGACUUGACAAAGUGCAAAGACCGGAUUUCUGAUUUCUGA